GUCAACUUGAACCUACCUUAGCAAGCGGCAGCUCCGAGCAUUCGUCCGCUCCAGCUCACCUAGAUUUGCUCUGUCCAGGAACGCGCCACGGCCAAGCGCGAUGCUUGGGCUUCCUUCGGCCGCGCGGCCGCCGCUGCCGCCCCGCUGCACCUCCUCCUCUUUCUUCAUUCGUCAGGGGAGGGCGGCGAUCUGCGGCAGCCUAAAGCAGGAGCGCCCAGGCCCCACUGCCCCUUUCGCCGCUGCCGCUGCCGCUCCGCUCUUCGCUGCGGCGCUCCUCGUUGCCUCUGCACCUCCUGGCCUUCCCGCUGCUACUCCACCAGCAUUUGCCCAACCAGUUUCAGAAGGCGCAGCGCUGUUCCGGAAGGCAUGCAUCGGCUGCCAUGACAUGGGAGGAAACAUUCUACAGCCAGGCGCCACUCUUUUCCUGAAGGAUCUCGAGAGGAAUGGAGUUGCCACAGAGGAGGAGUUAUAUAACAUCACGUACUAUGGGAAAGGAAGGAUGCCGGGCUUCGGAGAGAAAUGCACCCCAAGAGGACAGUGCACCUUCGGCCCUCGGCUAUCGGAAGAUGAUAUCAAGCUCCUGGCUUCGUUCGUCAAGUCACAAGCCGAAAACGGGUGGCCAAAGAUCGAAGGUGAUGGAGAUUGAUCAGAUGUCAAGCGAAGACAAUGUUUCUAUUGAUCAGACAACAAGGGCCGCGAAGAAAAUAUUUGUAUGAUCUGAACUUUUGAACUUGUAACCUAACCAUGGUUUGGUUUAUAGCCACCAAAUUCUAUUGAUAAGGUCAAAAAACAUGAUACGCUUCUUGUGAAAGGUUUUAACAAGAUAGGAACACGGUAUGGUUUCAUA